UGUGAGAAUGACAUGUCAGGUUUUUCAGAUGAGACUUAUUUCUCAUAGUUCUCUGAUCACUGGAAUACAAGAAACACUUUAUUCAAACGUCUCUUACAAGAACCUAAUCUGCCUUUGUAGAACUUAGAACUGAAAGACAAUUUAUGAUGAAUGAUAAACAUAAGGAAUCUGCCUAUUUCAUCUCUUAACUUUUGCAGGUACUGCACUGUCUGUGGCUUUAGUUGGAUCAUUGAAAAAAUGAUUGAAAAGCUUGUGCAGUGACACGCUAUGUUUACAGGUUGUCAUAAUGCUCUGGCAUAAUGCUCUUAGUACUCAGCUCAUUUCUCAUUUUAUUUGUAUUAACUAUAUAACCCUGCAUUAGUGCAUUUUCAUUUGAAUAACUACAUAAUUAUUUACAUAAGUAGUGGUCGAGUUUAUUCACCGGAAUAGAACAAUCAACUUUUAAACUUUAAUUCCACUACUAUUUUAGAUGGCUACUAUUGUUAUUGCACUGUUAAAAUCAUUUGGUCAGUUAUUACUGUUGUUUGGUAUGAGAAGGUAAAACUCCUCUCUCAACAGAAAGCACAGCCAUCAUGGAACAUUCUUUCUGUCAAAAGAAAUUAAGAUGAUGGAUGACUCAUUCUAUCAUCAGGAGCUUUAAGAAUAUACUGCUGCUGUGGCCCGGCACCAUGUUCCCUGUGCUGCUCCUUCUGUCCGCCCGUCAAAUCAUCAAGCAGCACGCGGGUCAUGUACACGUUGUUCCACAUCCUGGCGUGCACUGUCUCAUGCCUCAUGCUGUCUAAGACUGUGUCAGAGGCAGUGAGGGAGAAUGUGCCUUUCUUUAAUGUGGUGUGUGAUGAGGCUCAUGGUGGAGGAGACUGUCAGAUGCUGGUGGGCUACUCUGCUGUCUACAGGGUGUGUUUCGGCACAGCUUGUUUCUACUUGAUGAUGGCCAUCUUCCUCAUUGAUGUGAAGUCUAGUCAGGAUUUCCGAGCCCUCAUUCAUAAUGGGUUUUGGUUUCUGAAGUUCAUCACCAUGCUUGGAAUGAUUGCUGCUGCCUUCUUUAUUCCCACAGAAUCCUUUUUGCAUGCCUGGCAUUAUGUUGGAGUAGUGGGAGGCUUUGCUUUUAUCCUCAUUCAACUCAUUCUCAUCACUGCUUUCGCUCAUACCUGGAAUAAAAACUGGUUAACCGGUGCAGCUGAGAAUAAGAGGUGGUACGUGGCAGUCAUGUGUGCUACCCUCUUUUUCUACACCAUCGCCACCAUGGCCUUCACAUUCAUGUACAAAUACUACACUCACCCAGCGGGAUGCCACCUGAACAAAGCCCUGCUGUGGACUAACCUGGCCCUCUGCACCAUCAUGUCUUUCAUUGCAAUCACUCCCUGUGUGCAGCAAAAGCAGCCCCGCUCAGGACUCCUGCAGGCUUCCAUCAUUUGCUGCUAUGUCAUGUACCUGACCUUCUCUGCUCUAUCCAGCCGCCCACCAGAGAAGGUGGAGUAUCAGGGGGUCAACAUGACGGUGUGCUACCCUAAAGUCAGCAGGGAUGAGAUUCAAAAUGAAGGCAAUGCUGUGGCCAUUAUUGGGGCUGCAAUCAUGUACUGCUGUGUUCUCUUUGCAUGCAAUGAGGCUUCAUACUUAGCUGAGGUCUUUGGACCUUUCUGGAUGAUUAAGGUUUACCGCUAUGAGUUCCAGAAAGCCUCCUGUUGCUUCUGCUGGCCAGAGGCUGAAGAUGAGGAAGAGUUUGUCAUUGACGAGAACAAAGGCUGUCAGAAAGUCAUCCACAAUGAAAGCCAGCGCGUUGCUUACAGCUACUUUUUCUUCCAUUUUGUUUUCUUUUUGGCUUCCCUCUACGUAAUGAUGACUCUCACUAACUGGUUCAGUUAUGAGACUGCAGUGCUGGAGACCACCUUCACUCAUGGGAGUUACUCCACGUUCUGGGUCAAGCUGUCCUCCUGCUGGGCGUGUGUGGUUCUGUAUCUGUGGCUCCUCCUGGGUCCCCUGUGCCACUGCCAGUCUGAUCACAAACAACCUCGCCGCGCCCGCAUCAAGAGACGGGCUGCCACCCACCGCCUCGUUAGCGUUAGCGUGUGAAAAACAGAUUGUUCAACAGUGUCAGAGACAUUGGGGACGGGUGCAGUUUACUGGAGAUUUCCACCGCAAAGGAAAUGGGUCAUGGUGGAUCCACUGAAGAGAAGACUUUAGUUAAAUGAACAUUGAUCCUCCAGAUAAUCCUGUUAGGAUUAAAAUCAGCAGCACUAUGAAUGCAAUUCAACAUGGGAACAGAAAAUGUUAACCAUGUUUAAGACUGUACAAGCAUACCUUUAGGGGAUGUGUAACAAUUGCCAAAAGGAACAUUAACAUUUUCUGGACAUGCUGGAUGUCUGUACAUUUAGUGGAGGUUUUUUUCUAAAAUGUAGAAGAAUUUUUCAUUGGCUUACAGCAUAGAUAUACGGAAACUACCUGAAAUGGGCUUUUUCCUAUUUAAUUUAAGCUUUUGUUAUAUUUAUGUAUAUUAAGUUGGAUAAAUUAUGUGAGCAAUGCUUUAUUUCAUUGAUCUGUGGCUUGUACUUAUGUAUGUAUGUAUGUAUAUAUACAGCCAAUCAGAUUCCACAGGGAGAAAAAGCUGUUAUCUAAA